AUGGAUAAGGAUACUUGUUUUAUUGACAUCACAGCCGAAUUCUUGGGAGUUGCUUUUCACAGUAUUCUUUACUAUACAUCAGUUUAUCCCAAAAAUAUUUUUGAAAUGCGCAAAAAGUACAAUGUUGUGGUAUAUCGUUCUAUUCACCCUGAGGUGAAUCAGUAUAUUGAGCUUUGCUUGAAGACUAUCGUGGAGUGUUUGAAGAAUAAUCAACUGGAUUGCGUGGAGUUUGUAGUGACAGAAAGUGAAUACAAGCCUAUAAUGAAGUUUGUCUUUCAGUUUGAUAAGAACAGCAUGUUUGAUGAAACAUUAGACGCGUAUUUAGUGCAGUGUGAACAGAAUUUGCGAGCCUUCUGCUUGAAAUUGUCUUCUAUUAGCAAUAAUUUAAAAGAACUUCCUGAAAAUAGCAGCUUUUCCAUAUACAUUCAUACCAAUGAGUCCAAUGCUGUUGCAAUGACCACUAAUCCAGAGUUUGAAGAGUUCCCAUUAAUUGAAGUAAAAGACAUUUAUGAAGAGACUGACAAGAUAAUUCCUCUCAGCAGGUUUUCUAUUAGAAGUUAUGCCAUUGAUACUUAUGUGGAACUUAAAUAG